CAAAAAUCAUACACAUUAGUUUUAUUCCUUAAAGAUGAUGAGACCUGCUCUUGCAUUAUUGCCUCUCUUGCUUCUCUUGAUCGUAGGUAUUGUUGAAUCAAGAAUAGAUUUAGGAGAAUAUUGGAAGGUAGUAGUGAAAAAACAAAACAUGGUGGAAGAAAUUCAAGAACUCCUUGACGCAAACACUAAACAUAAUUUCAAGACUCUGAAACAAUCUUUUGAUGGUAAGGAAAAGAAGAAAGCUCUCAAAGAUUUUGAACCAAGACCUAACCUUUCAUCUUAUGGAGAAAAUGACAUUGAUGAUAAGGAAAAUAAAGGAUCCAUUGAAGAUUUCGAGCCAAAACCUAAUGUUUCAUCUUAUGGAGAAAAUGACAUUGAUGCUAAGGAAAAGAAAGGAGCCAUUGAGAAUUUUGAACCUAGACCUAACCUUUCAUCUUAUGGAGAAAAUGACAUUGAUGAUAAGGAAAAUAAGGGACCCAUUGAAAAUUUCGAACCAAGACCUAACCUUUCAUCUUAUGGAGAAAAUAAAAUUGAUGCUAAGGAAAAGAAAGGAGCCAUUGAAGAUUUUGAACCAAGACCUAACCUUUCAUUGUGUGGAGAAAAUAACAUUGAUGAUAAGGAAAAUAAGGGACCCAUUGAAGAUUUCGAACCAAGACCCAACCUUUCAUCUUAUGGAGAAAAUGACAUUGAUGAUAAGGAAAAGAAAGGAGUCAUUGAAGAUUUUGAACCAAGACCUAACCUUUCAUUGUGUGGAGAAAAUAACAUUGAUGAUAAGGAAAAUAAGGGACCCAUUGAAGAUUUCGAACCAAGACCCAACCUUUCAUCUUAUGGAGAAAAUGACAUUGAUGAUAAGGAAAAGAAAGGAGUCAUUGAAGAUUUUGAACCAAGACCUAACGUUUCAUCUUACGGAGAAAAUGACAUUGAUGAUAAGGAAAAUAAGGGACCCAUUGAAGAUUUUGAACCAAGACCUAACCUUUCAUCUUAUGGGGAAAAUGACAUUAAUGCUAAGGAAAAAAAGAGAGACGCCAUUGAAGAUUUUGAACCAAGACCUAACCUUUCAUCUUAUGCGGAAAAUGAAAUUCAUGCUAAGAAAAGGAAGGGAGCCAUUGAAGAUUUCGAACCAAAACCCGUUGUAUCAGCUUAUGGAGACAAUAACAUUGAUGCUGAGGAAAAGAAUAAAGCAUUCAAAGAUUUUGAACCAAGGCCAAAUGUUUCUGCUUAUGAGAACAAUGACAUUGAUGUUGAAUACACUAAGGAUUUUGAGCCAAGACCAAGUUUGACUAAAGAUGAUGCAUAAAUAUAAUAUAAUGCAACUUCUAUCUAUGAUGGGGUAUAUUUAAAUAAGUCGAUGUUGCUUCAUGUUCAGUGAUUACUAAGUAUGUAUUAUGUUUUUAUGCACUUAAUGUUUUUGAAUAGUUGUUGUAUUCUUGUAUGGUGAAGAGAUUGUUAGUGAAAA